AUGGCGAUCAACGACGAGAAGAAGCGGCCUCUGGCCUUGAACCUAGCCCCCGUGCGGACCAUGUCGGCGAGCUCCUCCGACUCGGACGACUCUUCAUCAACCUCGUCGUCUCUGGCCAAGCCUCCCCGGACGCCGCGAUUUGCCGAGGCGACUGCCGUCCACUCGCCUGUCGACCCGAAGUCGUUCCCAUUCUCUGAGAAGUCCGAGUUCGCUCAGUCCCAACCCGGCGAUGUCGGAUUCGGCUAUAUCGGCGGCGGAGCAGGAAACCGAGAGUCUGUGGCCAUGCCCAUGACACCAAAGUCGCCAUUGAAGAGCGCAAUGAGGCUGCCAGGUGCCCCGGGACGCAGCUUCACGAACCCCCUGAGCCCUACCUUUAAGGAGGAACAGGUCCUCGACUCGAGAGAGAAGUCGACGGCAAAGACGCAGAAGAGUGAUCUUAAAAUCAAAACGCGGGUCCGCAUGGCCAAGUUCGCGCUUCGUGGUGUGAACUUCAGCUGCAGUCUGAUCAUCCUGGCUAUGAUUUCAUCCUCUUUCGCCAUCUUCAAUGCUACCAAGGCUCUGCCAGCAAUGAACGGUCUCCCGCCUUGGGCCAGUAACACCAACUCCUGGCCUCAAAAGGUCGUCCUCGCCUGUGCUGGUGUCUCGCUUCUUAUCUGCAUCACUGUUUUCAUCGGAUACUGCCGUGGUGGCCACCAAAGAGCAGAGAAGGUCGGCGUGUACUACACCAUGUUCGCCGUGGGAUGGUUCAUUUUCAGUAUGGUCAUGUGGGCAUUGGCUGCCGGCCUACUUCAAUCGUCCAAGAACAAUAGUGGCAACCAAGACAUGUGGGGCUGGGCUUGCGUUCAAAACCACCGCAGCGAGCUUUACAAGGACAAGAUUGACUACGCACUGGUGUGCCGCCUGCAGAACUGGUCCCUGAUUUGCAUCAUUAUCGAGCUUGUCGUCGAGGUCAUCAGCAUCACGCUCUACAGCAUCGUCUUCUACCGAUACUGGUCUAAGCGGAAGCUCCACAAGUCGAUGGACAUGCGGGACAAGGCCCGGUCUGAUCUGUACCUCGCCCAGCUCCGAACGCAAUCAGCCCCGAACACGCCUGGCUUCGGUCCCAAGUCUCCGGCGUUCUCGCAAUACGCCCUUUCGCCCCGCUUCCCGCCGUCGACAUACCAAUCCCUCGGCGAUAUCGAGGAAGGUGCCUCGCCAUUUACUCCGGGCGGGAAGAAGCUCAUCAUUCCCCAGUCUGCUUUCACACCAAAGGAGGGUGGCUUCAAGCUCCAGGCGCCUCCUACGAAGGCCAACCCAGCCACACCACAAACGCCAAAGAGCGGUGGUUUCAGAACGCCAACCUCAGCAACAUCACCUAUGCUACCCACGGCACCGACGUUCAAUGCGCCGGCGCCAAUGGUACAAGGCGAGCAGCAAUACGAGGCUGUUCCAAUUCCGGGCGCAUACGCCGGGCAAGCAAUCAAGAGCCCGCCACCUACACAAACAACCUUUGGCUUGCAGCGGUAG